CGCAUUCAAUCCCUCAACUGGAUAAUCAAUGCCGGUGCGUCUUAUAGUUCGUCGUCCGUCCCCGACGACCGUAUCGUUCACCGUCUCCAACGCCCCAGACCGCUCGAGCCCGUCGGCUAGAAUCCUCUUCUACCUUCAAACCAUCCUACGCGCGCUCUGUUUCACCUGCGUGCUCUUUAUCUGCAGCGCAAAACUGCGACACUCCUUCUUUGCAGAAAAUGGGCUUAUAGUAUAUUGGCAUGAUCUGUGGGGAAGCCCGUUGGGGUCUUUUGUCUGUCGCAUCGUGGAUUCAUGCCAUCUAGGGGCUAUCUUUGUAGUAAGCGCAGUGGCUAUCUACGCUGUAUUCAGGAAGGAGAGCACAGAGGAAUCCCUCCUAGUGAUUCGUGGUCUGGGAAUCCAAACGUCCUCUUCUUCCGCUACGUAUUUGUCUACAGCCACAACGCGGUUUAUUCCUACGACACAAAUUCAAGAUAUUGUGAUCCACGAGGCGUUCAAGGGGUUUGAAGUUCGAUUCUAUCUCGCUGUUAUUGUGGAAGGUGAACCUACUGUGGUUGUUGUCUUUCCCAAAUUACUCCCAAGGCGAAAAAUAUUAGAAGACGUCUGGAGAGGCUCUCGGCACUGUCUCUAUGAUGCGAAGUCCUGAUGGCUCAAUUGCCAAAGAGUAUUGUGAAUUAAGUCCUCUAUUUGGAAUGGAUACCACAAUGGGCCUCUUUAUAAGAACUCUAUAUCUCGGGAUUGGGCCCCUUGUCCUUCCUCCGUUGCUUGUUGGCGAGCCAUCUUUGAUUGAGGACCUCCACCGGUUCCAUUUUCCUCUUUUGCAUAACCGGGACAUACUUCCCCCCCAAUUUGCCAUCAUUCCCGCCAAGAAAGACUCUCUGCCCGCGGUUCGGCUUUGCCACGUUCGGCAGUGUUUCCUGGUGCACUAUGCUUUGGUCUCCUUGACUUACCGCUAAGUCCAACAAAGUACUAGCAAGAAUUUCAUCCAUCUUGCGCUGUCUCCAAACUGACCAGAGCUCGUCCACUACACCACCCAGACCGAACUUUCCGCCGCUUUUGACCAUCCGGGUUUUUGACAUUCGAGGAUCACCAGCAUAUAACCACUCCAUGGCAUCCUCGCGGCUACCGCUCUUCUCGUCGGGGAAGAUGCAGUCCCAGAGGACAAGAGGAGCGUCCGAGGCCAUCUCAUAAGUCGGCCUACGGGGGCUCUUGGAUAUAUCCAGUAACUCGGGAACAAUUGAUGGCGACUCAAGUCCCUGCCCGACUAGAAAUAGAAUGCCAACCAUAUGCCGAACCUGGUGCCACAGAAAGGCAGAACCAUGAAGAGUAAACGAAUAUACCUGCGCUGGAGUCUCUGCAUAAUCGCCAUUCUCAAAUGUUUGAAAUCCAGGUUUCCCAACGUAGCUUGGCAUGUUGACUUUGGAAUCAACAAGUUCAAUAUCCGCAUGGUAGAUUAUCCGCUCGAAGUUCUCAAUCUGCUUGCUGGUA